AUGGCUGUUGGAGGAAUGGCAACUCUGAUUACCAACCACAAAAAAUUUAAGAAAAAAGUUGGUGGUGUAGGUGGUGGUAAAAGAGAUGAAGGUGAAGGUGGUGGUGGUGAUGAAGGUGGAGAUGGUGGUUGUGAUAGUGGUGGUGGUGGGAUGGCGGUUGUAGAGGUGGAGGUGGUGAAGAUUGGGAGGGGGUGGCGGUGGCAGUGUGGUGUUGGUGUUGGUGGUGGAGGAGGAGGAUGUGGUGGUGGCGGUGGUGGUGAUGGUGAUGGUGGUGGUGGAGGUGAUGAAGGUGGUGGUGUCAUUAUUAAAAAUUAA